ACUGGACUUGGAAUGCAUCGCUGGAUGUCGAUCUCGGAAUCUCACUUCUGGUCUGGAAAAACUAAAUCGAACCCAUCGACACAACAACCACUUAUUUUGCUUCGGGAUCGAAAAAAAAAAAAAUACUUUACGCUUAUAUCGAUGAUCUGCGAUCCGACUACUUGCCAACGUGGAAUCAACCAUGCAACAGAACAAUAUGGCCAGCCACAAGAUUGCCAAGAACGGCCCUGCUGAUGAGAUCGAGCUCUCUGUUGCUCAGGCUCUCUUUGACUUGGAGAACAACGUCGCUGACUUGAAGAAGGAGCUCAAGCCCCUUCAGAUCUCCAGUGCCAAGGAGAUUGAGACCGGUAACGGCAAGAAGGCCAUCGUCGUCUUCGUUCCCGUCCCUCAGCUGAAGGCCUUCCACAAGAUCCAGCAGAGACUCACCCGUGAGCUCGAGAAGAAGUUCUCGGACCGUCACGUCGUCUUUGUUGCCCAGCGCCGCAUCAUGGCCAAGCCCACCCGUACCUCCCGUGCCAAGCAGCAGCGCCCUCGUUCCCGCACUCUUACCUCGGUCCACGAGAAGCUCUUGGAGGACUUGGUCUACCCCACUGAGAUCACCGGCAAGCGCACCCGUGUCCAGACUGACCAGAGACGUAUCAUCAAGGUCUUCUUGGAUGCCAAGGACUCGACCUCUUUGGAGUACAAGCUCGACACCUUCUGCGCCGUCUACAAGCGUUUGACCGGAAAGGAGGUCGUCUUCGAGUUCCCCGCUCACCACGCCGAGUAAAAUUCGGUCUUUGAUCUUGGAUCGAAGACUGGAGGGGAUGAAAGAAAAAAAAAAUAAGAACGGGAGCCAUGGAGGCCAUGGCACUUUUAUUUUUAUUUUAUUUUUUAUUUCGCUCUCAGGUUGAACUUUUGCUGGACCAGAAAAUAGUAAUAAAAGGAGCAUGAUUGCUGUUCAAAGAAAGCCACGGUGAAGGUAUUGGGAGUGCAAGGAACAGAUGGGAGAACAUAAAAAAGGAAUUUUAUUGCACUGUAUUACAUUUCGCGUAUUCGGACAGCAACAACACUAUGAUCGUUGAUCCUCUGCUCCACGGGGCUUGGAAUUAGCCUGUGUCGCCUUACGAUCCCGCAG